AUGCGUGAAGUAGUGCAUCAAAGCGAAUCUCAGUUGAAGAAGGCAAUAGCGGAGGCUGAGGAGAGAGCUGUAGAACGGACUCACAAUGAAGUCAUUCAGGUACAGAAUCAGUCGAAUAUCCGUACAACUACAAAAGGCGACGGUCCAAACCUGAUUGGCAAAAAUCCAAAAGUCGUAUACAAUAUCAAUAUCAUAGCAACGCCUGAUAACGAUACUGGCUUGUGUAGAGAUGAACUAACUCCAGAUACCAUAGCAACAUCUGAGCACGAUACUGGUUCACGUAGAGAUGAACCAGACCCAGAUACCAUAGCAACAUCUGAACCGACUCCAGAGAGAAAGAUGUCAGACGCUGUGGCAGUUUUAGACUGCGGAGAAGGAGCUGUAGAACGGACUCACAAUGAAGUCAUCCAGGUACAGAAUCAGUCGAAUAUCCGCACAACUACAAAAGGCGAAGGUCCAAAUCUGAUUGGCGAAAAUCCAAAAGUCGUAUACAAUAUCAAUAAAGAUGGUUCUGAAGCAGCGCAGGCUAUAGGCGUCGCAAAACAAGAAAUAAUUGAAGCAGUUCGACAUGAGGGAUCUGAAUUGAAGCAGGCAGGAAGUUGGUUCCUCUAAAAAAAGACAAAUCAAACGUGUUCAAAAGUUCAGACAAA